UAGGGUGGUAUCAGUUGCUGAAAGAAGCCAGCAAUGGCGUGGUUCAAGGUGCUCCGUGGAAAGAGUUGGUGCUUGGCAAUAUAAAGUCGUGGAAAUAGCCGGCAAAGCUACUUAGGAUUGUGUUGAAAAUGCUGGGAGAGAAAAAGCAAUUAGUCGUGAAAAGAGACCUUUACACAGACCCCACGUUUCCAGCCAGUGAUACCUCUAUAUUUUUUGAUUAUUGUACCCCGCUUGCCCAAUUCAGAGGCGAGAUAUCUUGGUUGAGACCUAAGGACAUUUGUUCUACUCCUCGGUUAUUUUCAAACAAUCUGCAGGAUGUGCAAGUGAAACAGGGAAUUUUGGGAGACUGUUGGUUCCUGUGUGCCUGUGUAGCUUUGCAGAAGAGUAAAUACCUACUGAAUAAGGUAAUCCCUCCAGGUCAGCCCAGCUGGACAGAUGAGUCAUAUCAAGGCUGUUUCACUUGUCGAGUCUGGCAGUUUGGACACUGGGUGGAAGUGACCAUUGACGAUCGUUUGCCUUGCCUUGGUGGUAAACUCUGCUUUUCCCAGUGUCAGACAGAGGAUUUGUUUUGGCUUCCACUAUUGGAAAAAGCUUAUGCAAAAGUGCAUGGAUCUUACGAACAGUUGUGGGCAGGACAGGUGGCAGAUGCUUUGGUUGAUCUGACUGGAGGAGUUGCUGAAAGAUGGACUCUGAAAGGCCCUGGAAGAAACAUGGAGAAAGAGAAGGCUGGCAUGGUUUUGGAGAAAGCAGUCUUUAGGAGAUUAAUGAAUCUGAAGGAACAGUGUGUAAUAAGCUGCUCAGUCCUCAAUUCCAGACAAGGUGCAAGCGAACUAGGAGAAUUUCAUGCCUUUAUUGUGAUAGACAUGUUGAAUCUGUCUGAAGUGUCAGGCAAGGAAAUCUUCCUACUACGAAUAAGAAAUCCUUGGGGGAGGCGGUGCUGGAGAGGUCCAUGGUGUGAGGGUGGUCAAGGAUGGAGCCAGCUAGAUCCAGUAGUCGCCUCAGAACUGCUCUCUCAGAUCCAAGAGGGAGAAUUCUGGGUUGAUGAAGAGGAAUUUUUCAGGGAAUUUGAUGAGAUUACCAUGGGCUUUCCAGUCAAUGAGGAAGGACAACUUCAGAGCCUCUAUACAGAGAAAGUGCUGUAUCACUCGCAGAAUCUUUUUGGAUCCUGGGUGAGAGGCCGGUCUGCAGGUGGCUGCCGUAACAACAGCAGUUUCCCUACCAACCCUAAGUUUUGGCUGAGAGUCUGUGAAAAGAGCGAGGUGUGCAUUGCUCUGCUGCAGAAACACAGGAAAUACAGUGCUGACUGGGCCGGAAGAAUUAAAAAUCUGACUCACUUAGCAGAGGAAAAUCUAUCUUUGACUGAAGGCACACAGGGGAAGAAUUAUCAGGCUGUGGGACUGCACGUCUGGAAGGUGGAGAAGAAACGAUUUAACCUUCCAAAGACCCUCUCUGCUCCUCCAGUUGUAGGUACCGUCUGCCAUUCCUAUGACAGAGAAGUGCAUGUAUGCUGUGACCUUUCGCCUGGGUUUUAUCUUGUUGUUCCCAGCACUUUUCUGAAAGAUGCAAUAGGGAAUUUCUUGCUUCGUGUGUUUUCAACGGGAAGGAUCUCUCUCAGUGAGCUAAAGCCACCACCCACAGAUGCCGCCCUCUGUGAAGAACUCCCAGCAGGUGAAUGGGAGACAGUGCAGCUGCAUGGAUGCUGGAAAAAUGGGCAAAGUGCUGGAGGUAGCAGGAACUUCCCCUCCUUCCAUAUCAAUCCCUGCUUUCCCCUCUCCAUUCCUGCAGGACCAGGAAAAAGCAGUGUGAAAGUUACCCUCCGUCAGCACUGCCAAGAUAGCAAGUGUCGUCCAAUAGGUUUCCAUAUUUUCCAGGUGCCUGACAGCAGCUGGAAACCACAUACUUCCUCCUUUCUGCACUUGGAGCCACUGGUUAGCUGUGUACCUCAUUGCUAUUCACAGGAAGUAAGCCAAUUUUGCAGACUUCCUGCGGGAAGUUACGUAAUUAUACCUUCUACAUACUUGCCCAAUACAGAAGGCAAUUUUACAGUGGUCAUAGCAACCAAAAUAGACAGGAAGCGCAUUCACAGCCGGGAGACACUUGGACAAGUAUUGCAAGAAAACCAGCAUUGUACAGCAAAUCAUAAUGUACCUCAGUUCUUCAAAAAUACAAGUGAAGAAUAUGUGCAUGUUUUAACCCAAGCUGCAGUUUUGGAAGAAAACCAGAAAACGUAUGUGCAUAAUGAAAUAAUAUUUGGGGGGGCGGGAAUUCAAGCUUACAGAAUAACUUCAGGAGACCAAAGGGGUAAACAUAGAGGAAAGAAACUGGAGUCUUUUUUCAGGUAGGACAUACCUCAAGAACCAUCAAAAUACACUGGAGUAGAGAAAGUCCAAGCUUGUAUCCUACACUGCCAGUCAUGCUGCUGAGCACUUUAUCAUGGGCCCUUUAUUGAACCAUGCAAAUGGUGGGUUGAAAAGAAAGAUUUUUUCUUUUUUUGGGUGAGUUUUUCUUUAAUGAACACCACAAAGGAAAAAGAUAAGACUUGAAAACUUUUGUUUAUGAACUAUCAGGUCAGACUGCUUUUGUAAAUCUGUAAGAAUGUGUUUUAUGCGAGAUCUGCCCUCACUGUAAGAAAUACAAAGUUUAAGAGAUUUUUCUUAAUUUAUGUUUGAAAGUGUUUCUUAUUCAAGGAGGAUUUUUUAGAUGUUAUAUUUUCCUCAAUAAAAAUGGAGUAAUGUUGAAAGUUUUAAAAUGUCUUCUAUUAAAAAGGUGAAAACUGUCAAUGAUGUCAAAUCUGCAUUUGUUCCGCAGUAGCAAACUUUACAGUGUGUUAGAGCCCUGGGGUUUUCACCAAAUGGAAGGGAAUAAUUGGAAAUAUUUGAGAGGAGAAUCAAGUCUUCCAUUAGUUUUAUGUCUGAGAAAUAUGUAAUAUUCUACUUCUGCUUUUAACUACAUCCUACCAUAAUUUAUGCUUGCUCCUGUUGAACUUUGAAAAUUGAAAGCAUCUGGGAUGCUUGCGGCUGAAUUUUAAGUGGUCAAAACGUUCCACAUCUGUUGUGGAAUGAUGA